UGCCCUAACGUGUUUAGGUCGGCUCUCCACCUAAAUCAACUCAUCGUGCCCGGAUGGUUUACGACACCAGGGCGAUACAAUGGCUUAAAAUACGUCCGCAGAAAAAGAAUUCUUCAGCCAAAUGACCAGGCUGUCUCUGUGACCCCACGCAAAUUCAACACUGGCUUGCACCAGGCUCACCGCAAUGCGUUAAGGUAUUUCCAGUAACCUGUUCGUGGGAGAAUCCCUCCCGCUCUCUUGUCUCGUCUCUCGAUUUUGCAGUAUCCGACGGAUAAAUAAAAUGAGCGAGUGUCGAUGCCAGUCGUAAGGUGCAGUGUGUGUGUGUGUCGCAUUUGAGAAGGUUGUUUGGCGGUUAAAAUGAAUGGUAUCAGGUCUAACUAGAAGGUGACGGAUUGAGUCUCAAGAGUAGAGGCAAUCACAUAGAACGUGCUGAAAGGAAAAGGAGAGGUCCGAAACUAUUUGCCAUCUACGAAGUUGUAUAUAUAGGUCGUGAUGUCCGAUUUGGGAAGCGGAGAUGAAGGCAUCUCAGGAUCAAAAUACAAUGUCACAAACAUAGAGGGUUCCUCAAGUAGGAACGAUUUCGAAUCCUCUGUAAAAGGUGGAAGUGGUGUGGAGCAGGAAUUGGCUACCAAAAUGCUUCAAAUACAAUCCAAGCGAUUUUAUUUGGAUGUUAAACAAAAUCGGAGAGGUCGUUUUAUAAAAGUGGCUGAGAUUGGCGCUGAUGGCAGGCGAAGCCAAAUUUAUUUGGCCCUUUCAACUGCAGCCGAGUUUCGUGAUCAUUUGUCGUCUUUUAGCGAUUACUAUGCUUCUCUAGCUAUUCAAAAUGCAGGCCCCCCCAAUACUGACAAUUUACCAGAGGAUGGUAAAUUGAAAUCCGAGAUGAUGAUCAAAGAUUAUAGGAGAUAUUACUUGGACUUGAAGGAAAAUGCGCGCGGACGAUUUUUAAGGGUGUCACAAACCAUUACUAGAGGUGGACCUAGAUCGCAAAUCGCUUUACCAGCCCAAGGCAUGAUCGAGUUCCGUGAUGCCCUUACAGAUUUGUUAGAAGAGUUUGGAGCUAACGAUGGAGGCAGGUUUAAAGGAGAUUUGCCUGAAGAGCGGCAUAUGAAGGUGGAUAAUAAAAACUUUUAUUUUGAUAUCGGACAAAAUAACCGAGGAGUCUACAUGCGGAUAAGCGAAGUUAAAAAUAACUUUCGAACUUCGAUAACUAUUCCGGAGAAAUGUUGGAUACGUUUUCGAGAUAUUUUUAAUGAUUAUUGCGAGAAAAUGAAAAAAUCGUCCGACUCUAUUACUGCCGAAAUGAAUCUACCGACAUCCUCAAAUAGUCUUAAAUAAAGAGAACAUCCCGUGAUUUAUGCAAUCGUAUUAGAAGGCAUACAAAUACAUGAAUAUAUGUCGAUUGACCAACACGAAAUACAAAGCUUGCAGUGUCUGACAUAACAAUUUAAGUCAGAAAAAUGAGAAUGAUUGAGCUUGAAUGACACACAAAAAUAUAUUUGUUUAGUAGCAUUUAGCGAAAUAUGUGUUAGUAUUAUUUGAUUUUUUAUUAUAAUAUGAUAAAUUAGUUUGAGUUAAAGUAGAGAUAAUUAAAUCUCCAAAUCACAUACACGGUAUCUAAUAUUUUAUUUGAGCUCUUUCCGAAAACAGAACGUGAGUGCAAUGUCUACACAAUGCUAUAAUAUUGAAAUUAAAACAAUUUUAUGACCGAUUUUCCGAUUAACUCUUAUAAAAUUGUUAGAGAUACCCAUACCUAUGUCACAAAUUCAGCAAUACCAACGAGUUUUUUUUAUUCGUCUAUUUGUCGCACAUACAGGCGUGAUCCGGAUUUAAGUUCAUUUUAAUUUAAACUAAAUGUGGCUUUUGUGUUGCACAAUGGGCACAUAACUGGUGUUAAAGUUACGCUUAUAUGCUGACCUCUAUGUUACCCAGAGCACCCCCUGCCACAGAAGUCGGCGUACGAUAUAAAUCAAUGUUUCCCAAAUAAAAUGUAAAUGACUCUUGACCGAAAACAUUUACUUAUAUACCAACAGCCCUAAAGUUUAGGAUGUUUUUAAUAAAAUUACUUGAUAAUACAGGAACAAGUACCAAAAACAAAAAGCAAAAAGCUUUUUAUGAAAUCUAAGUUUUUUUCCAAAAUGUUUGGUUUGCAUACACUUUUUGGACAAGGUUAAAAAAGAGUAUUAUUAAUCGUUAUUAAAAAGUACUGUAGAUUUUUUGUUAAUUUUUAAAUAAGAUCUGAUUAGUUUUUAUAGGCAUACAAAUAAUACAUUUUCACUAUUCCAAACGAGGUUUAAAGAGUCGAGCAAACGGGGUACCUUUUUUAUGGAGAGCGAACGAGGGCAAAUCCGGAGAUCACCUGUUAAUCAAUGUUGUAUAUCUACAUAAAAAAUAUGUAUUUCAAUGUAAUGAACAAACAAAAUAAUUACUCACUUAUCACGGUUUUAUUUAUUAUAUUGUAUUCAAUCUAUCUAUCUAUCAAACUUAAACUCUCUAUAAUCGUUGAAGCCUUUUUAAGUUGUGAAUUCUUACCUCAGUUUAUCUUUGGCGAUCAUUUUUAUUAGACAUUUGGCUAUUGUGUUUUUUUCUUUGUAUACCCGUUAAUCGUAAAAAGCAGGCGUUAUCAUCCCUAUAAAGUGUAUAUAUUCUUGAUCAGGAUCACUAGCAAAAUCUGUCUAGCGGUAUCCGUCUGUCUGUCAGUCGUCUGUCCGUUGAGCACUGUGAUCUCGGAGUUAAAAGAGCUACUCACUUCUGAUUAAAUUUCAGGGGUUCCUGCGCUGUGAAAGUUGGAUGCGUUUCUAUCUGUCUAUAUGAACGUGUACUUGUCUGACUAUGUGGCGCAGAUCGCAUUCGGUUUGAACUUUAGUCACCGCCAAUUUGCUUCAGGACUAAUGUAAAGAGAAGUUACUGCCUAAAAAUAGUAAUAUUGACAUAAUUAUAUUCUAUAUGCGUUCCGGGCAUAUCAUAGUCCCUCGACCCUCGUCUAUUGCGUCAUUUUUUUUAUAAUUAUUAGUGUUAAUUUUGUCAUUUUACAAUUCAUAUAAAUAAAUAACAGUUUUUAAUUGUAAUGAAUACUUCGUGCCACUUAGAGUAAAACUUCUAAUGAGAUGUAUUUAAAAAAUGUAUGGAUUCUGCUAAAAAUUAAAUCAGGUUUAUUGUAAUUUGGGAACGGUUUAAGCAAGUUUUCAAAAUUGUUAAAGCUUCUAGUAAUAAUAUGUUAAAUAUUAUAAUACAAGUUAAAAUAACUCCUAAACGCGUUUUUAAAACAAAAGUUUCAAUGUGAUCACGUAGAAUAAAAAACUUACUAAGUACGAUGAACAUGCAUAGCAAAAUUAAAACAUAAAUCGAAGCCAAGGUUAAAUUUCCCAAAGGAGUAUCCUGUACAGAUUGUGUGUGCUAAGUUAAAGUAGUGCUAUCAAUUAUUUAGUAUUUAACGUUAUCAAAUUUAAAUUUCAAUACAACUUUUUUUUUGUUUUCUUCCUUUAUAAUAGAUAAAUUUAUAAAAACAAUAGCCAGAUUACUAGAUGAAUUUAAAACCAAAAAUAAUUAAAAAAAUUUUACUUGUUGUAAUACUAUUGAUAUUAAAAUAGCCGAUAAAGUCCUACAAAUUCCCCUAGUAGAGUCGAUUUUAAUCUGACUAUAAACAAAAAAUCCUUAAAUUAUCUGGAAAAUGUAAGCGGCAAUAUGUUACAGAGGACCCAACCAAAUUUAGUAAUAUAUAAAAAUUGGGUGUUUCUUAAAUGUUGUUGGGCAAGAAUGCAUACUGUGUAUUUUAAGAGUUUUGUGAAUAUAAUAUGGAAAUAAAGUUGAAUUAAAACAAA